AUGCGCGACCUCGAGAACAAGGUCGUGAUUGUAACUGGCGCCUCGUCCGGGAUCGGCUUCACGACGGCGGAGGCUCUACUCAGUCUCGGGGCCAAAGUGUUUGGUUGUGACGUGGCACCAGCACCAGCUUCACUGCUGGCCGACAAUGACAACGAAAAGUCUUGCUUCUGGCAGUGCGACCUAAGAGACAAGGACGCUCCGAAGCAGAUUGUCCAAAAAUGUCGCGAGGCGUUCGGAGACAGGAUCGACGGUCUGUGUAAUAUCGCUGGCGUCAUGGACAAUUACAGCAGCGUCGACACAUUUGAGGACGAGUCCUGGGAUAGGAUGUUUGCGAUUAACGUCACUGCACCAGCGAGACUGACCCGGGAAGUCGUGCCGUUCAUGUUGAAGAACCAGCGGGGAGGUGGCAGCAUCGUCAACAUGGGGAGUUUUGCCUCGCUCAGUGGUGCAGCGGCGGGCAUCGCAUACACCGCGUCCAAACAUGCAGUGGUUGGAAUGACCAAGAAUAUCGCCUUCAGGUUCAUGGAUGACAAGAUUCGAUGCAACGCAGUGUGCCCAGGAGGUGUACAUACGAACAUCUUCAAUACGGUUGACCCUUCGACCAUGGAUCUUCAAGCACAGGCCAAGGCGAAACCGAUUUUCGAUUAUGGCAUUGUACACGCCGCUAUGCCCAAGGAGAUUGCUGAUGUGAUUGUUUUUUUGAUAUCGGAUAUGAGUAGACAUAUAAGUGGUGCCGUCAUCCCAGUGGACGCUGGUUUGAGUACAUUGUGA